AUGAAGUUAGACGUCAAGCGCCAGCUCUAUGCUCGCAGUGAGCGAGUCAAGGGCAUUGACUUUCAUCCUCACGAGCCAUGGAUUCUCACAACCCUCUACAGCGGCCACGUCUACAUCUGGUCCCACGAAACCCAACAGAUUGUCAAGACCUUUGAGCUCACAGAUGUCCCUGUCCGCGCCGGUCGAUUCAUCGCCAGGAAAAACUGGAUUGUCUGCGGUUCAGAUGACUUCCAACUACGAGUCUACAACUACAACACCUCCGAGAAGAUCACCUCUUUCGAGGCGCACCCCGAUUACAUUCGAGCGAUUGCCGUCCAUCCCACACAGCCCUUUGUGUUGACUGCCUCCGAUGACAUGACCAUCAAGCUUUGGGAUUGGGAGAAGGGAUGGAAGUGCGUGCAGGUUUUCGAGGGCCACGGCCACUAUGUCAUGGGAUUGGCCAUCAACCCCAAGGACACAAACACCUUUGCGUCAGCCUGUCUCGACCGAACUGUCAAGAUCUGGAGUCUUGGAUCCUCCACCCCCAACUUCACCCUCGAGGCCCACGAGACCAAGGGUGUCAACCACGUCGACUACUACCCUCACUCCGACAAGCCCUACCUCCUCACCACUUCAGACGACCGAACCGUCAAGAUUUGGGAUUACACCACAAAGUCCUUGAUCGCUACUCUCGAAGGCCACACUAACAAUGUCUCGUUCGCUUGUUACCACCCCGAACUGCCUGUCAUCAUUUCCGGUUCUGAGGACGGUACGAUAAGGAUAUGGCACGCCAACACCUACCGAUUCGAGCAAUCUCUCAACUACAGUCUAGAACGAGCUUGGUGUGUCUCUUAUCAAAAGGGUAAACAGGGCGUUGCUGUUGGUUUCGACGAUGGUGCUGUCGUUGUCAAGCUUGGUCGUGAGGAGCCAGCCGUAUCGAUGGACACAUCUGGCAAGCUCAUCUGGGCUCGUCACAACGAGGUUGUCUCUUCUAUUAUUAAGGGAGGAGAUGCCUCUAUUAAGGAUAACGAGCCUAUCUCGCUCCCCACCAAGGAUCUCGGCACCUGCGAAGUUUACCCCCAAACGCUCAUUCACUCUCCUAACGGUCGAUUCGUCGCUGUCUGCGGUGAUGGAGAAUAUAUCAUCUAUACCGCCCUUGCCUGGCGUAACAAGGCUUUCGGCUCAGCGCUCGACUUUGUCUGGGCUUCCAAGGAUAACAGCAACGACUUUGCCAUUCGAGAGUCAGCUAUGAGCGUCAAGCUCUUCAAGAACUUUGUCGAGAAGAGCGGUGGUCUUGAUGUCGGUUUCCAGGCCGAGAGACUCCACGGUGGUGUUCUUCUCGGAGUUACUGGCCAGGGCGGUGUCUCCUUCUUUGACUGGGCUACCGGUGGCCUUGUUCGAAGAAUUGAGGUUGAGCCUAAGCAGGUUUACUGGUCCGACAGCGGAGAGCUAGUUACAAUUGCUUGCGAGGAUACCUUUUACGUGCUACGAUUCUCUCGCGAGAACUAUGCCGAGGCUGUUCAAUCUGGACAAGUCGAGGAAGAUGGUGUCGAGGCUGCCUUUGAGGUUAUCACUGAUAUUAGCGAAUCUGUACGAACUGGAGAGUGGAUUGGCGACUGUUUCAUCUACACCAACAGCACUAACCGACUCAACUACCUUGUUGGCGACCAGACCUACACCAUCUCUCACUUCGACAAGCCCCAGUACAUCCUGGGUUACAUCCAGCGUGACUCUCGAAUCUACCUCGCCGACAAGGAUGUCAACGUCACCUCUUUCGGUCUUUCCCUCCCUGUGCUCGAAUACCAGACUCUUGUUCUCCGAGAGGAUAUGGAGACAGCUGCCGAGUUGCUACCAACCAUCCCCGAAGACCAGCUCAACAAGAUUGCUCGAUUCUUGGAAGGUCAGGGCCACAAGGAGCUUGCAUUGGAGGUUGCAACAGAUCCCGAGCACAAGUUUGACCUUGCCUUAUCGUUGAAUGAGCUUGCUAUUGCUCUGGAGCUUGCUCGCGAGGCUGAUGCCGACCACAAGUGGAAGACUGUUGGUGACGCUGCGCUAUCAGCUUGGGACGUCGCCCUUGCUGCUGAGUGCUUUACCCACGCCAAGGAUCUCGGAUCCCUGCUGCUUCUACACUCAUCAACAGGUGACCGAGAUGGUCUGUCUGCUUUGGCUGCCCAGGCACAAGAGGCUGGCGCUCACAACGUUGCCUUUUCAUGCCAAUGGCUCCUUGGCAACAUUGAGGCUUGCACACAAAUUCUUACCAACACCGGCAGACUCGCGGAAGCCGUUCUCUUCAGCCAAACUUACCAGCCCAGCUUGACUGUGCCACUAGUAAACCAGUGGAAGGAGGGUCUGGAGAAGAACAAGAAGGCUCGAGUAGCCAAGCUCAUCGGUGUGCCUGGUGAGGACGAUGAGCUCUUCCCCGAGUGGGACGAGUGGCUCAAGCUUGAGAAGGAGGGUGGCGCUGCUACAGAAACCGUUAAUGGACAGAAGGAAGAGUCUGAACCCGAGGCUGAGGCCGAGGAUGACGAGUCUGAGGAGGACGACGAGUAG